ACCUCUUUUGUCAAAGUCAGACAAAACCUCACAGACCCUUUAAAUGAGCCAUCUAAAUUCUGAAAAGGACGUACCGAAAGGAGAAAAGAAAAAUAAGAAAAGAAACAAGAAACAGAAAAGUUAUCAGAGCCACUGUCUGUGUACCUCACAAUGGCUCUCGCUGAAGUUUGUGUCUCUUCUGAUCUUCUCCCAGCUGGACUUCUGAUUUCCACCCUGUCUCCUCUGAUCUGCCUGCAGACAUCCGACAGCCUUUUGCCAGCCUGUGAGCUGUCAAAGUAACCCUGGAAUCAAACGCCCAGCCAUCCCAUCUCCAUGCUCUGGCAUGAUCAAAGAGGCACAGCUUUUGAUGGAAUGCUGGCUGAACAAUCAGACCUUGAUGAUGAUACUUGAGUUCUCAGAAAGAACAGGAGAGAGGUCAUAUAAAGACAUGCAACAAGUAGUCUGCACUAUCCACCUCACCAUCACACAGAAGAGCUCCUCUGUCCAGUGGGACGCCUGCUGCCCCUCUCAGAGCUGGGCGACCCUUCACCUCUGCUGUGCACUGAGGCAGACACAAUCCUCUGAGUGUCUGCUUCCAUCGUCUGCCCACUCCCUGCCUGUGUGUUUGUAAUGCGGUGUGUGUGUGUGUGUGUACUGCGUGUGUGUGUUUGUGUACGGUCCGUGGAGCAUCCCUAGCCACGGGCCUCUCCUGUCCACUCCUGGCCCCUCAAACAAGGCAUAGGCUUCGGCUUGAUUAACCACUUAGUUCAUCCCCUCAGACAGAAUAAUGCAGGGAGAAAGCAGAGUAAUGAAGUGCUUCUCUGACGCCUUGAUUUUUUGGGUUCAGUACUGUUUGUUCCCUGUGGACAAUCUGAAGAUGCUUCUUUUUCGCCAAAACAAGUGCCCAUCCAUGUCCCUCUCUCGUCAUCCCUAACUGGUGUGAAUAAACAUAAUCAUAAUGGUACAUAUUUUGAGAGGAAAUUGGAGGCUUUUUCUCUCAAAUCACUUCUGAUGGGCUGUUUCAUCUUUCUAAUUAUGUAGAUUAUACUGUGUGUGUCAGACAUGGGCUCAACAGAUGCGGAAUAGAAGAGUGCUUUGCCUUGUACCGGAUGGAACAGAGUGUCAGAGUUCCACAAAGGUUGGCAAUUACGUUCUCCUGUAUGCUUCUUUGUUCAUGAGAAGAGGAACUGCACUCGACAGACAGACAUGGAUAGACUGUCUCAAGAAUGAUUGAGGAUUGAGGAGUCAAGACUUAGCUGAAAGUCAAGUAACUGUGCAGAGCCUGCAGUCUAACAGCAACACUCACGGCUAGACACUUAUACCAAUCCCCAGACCCCACCGUGAACUGGGGUUCAAUUCCUGCAUCUACUGUUCUCCUACUUGCCUGUCUCCCUCUUUGUUUCCAACUGUCUAAAUCAAGUGCAAAAUGUAAAAAAUAUAGAAAAAAAGGAAUGUCAAGUAACUGCUGAUAGUGUUUUUCUUUCAUGAUAUCAAAUUGUGUCUGCCUACAUUUAUACUAAAUUUACAAUGUACAUUUACAAUGUACAGUAUCUGACUUUAAGGACUUCAAAUAGCCCUGUUUACUGUAAACAAUAUUAUGUUAAGAACUUGCACGAACAUCCCUCAUUGAGGAAAUAGAUGCCAUGUCAAAAACUGAAAAUUCACCUGAAACUUUUACAGAAAAUGUCACUUGUACUUUCGAUCACCGCUCCAAAAAGCUCGAACUCCAUCCUAACAACGCAUCCCUCUUUGAAAAAGACGCCACGGAGUGAGUGAUGUGACACACAUUCAUCAGUAUACAUAGCAGGAUGACUUGUCAAAAUCUGUGGGUGAUUAUUUCUGUCCAAGAUAUGUCAAACCAAGGAUUUGACGCAAGAACUUCCCUUUGCACUCCGCUCCAAUGGACACAAAAGAGGAAACAGGGUUUGGUUAAAUAUCUAGGGCCUUUUCACUUGCCCAUCCAGGGCUGAUAUCCAAAGCUGAAGUUAGAGUGCAACAUUAUAAUGCUCCAUUGACUUCACCUACAGACCUGCUACCCACUCCAAACACAGGUAGGCUAAUUCCGUUUUCCUUCUAAUAACCAAUAAUGACAGAUAGACAGAUAUUUCUGAUUUAAAAAUUGUAGCUAGCAAAGGUUUGUAGCAGUAGGCCUGUGUGAUUUUCAUUUGAAUGGAUUCCAUCAAUUUGGAUGAUGAUGGAAUUCUGCGCCUUGUCUGGAGGUACUUCAAACCACAGAUCUAGGAUCAGAUAAACCUAUCCCCAAUGCUACCCUUGAGCAUGAGAGGGGGAUGAAGUAUCUGACCGUAGACAAUUGGUUGGAUACAAUUUAUACCUACUCUGUCCUAUCCAACCCUAACUUCUCCACUAACCACAUCCUGCUUAACAGGAAGUGUAUCUUAUUCAGGAUGGAUUGCUCUUUACAAACAUUGGAAACAUUUAAACUGUUGACACUUGUUGGGUAUUUUGAAGUGAUGGUUCCGAUUGGCUAUGCGAUGUUGGGGAACUAAAAUAACUUUAUAAUAAUAUAUCAAAUCAAAUUUUAUUGGUCACAUACACAUAUUUAGCAGAUGUUAUUGUGGGUGUAGCGAAAUGCUUGUGUUCCUAGCUCCAACAGUGCAGCAGUAUCUAACAAUUCACAACAAUACACACAAAAUUAAAAGUAAAAGAAUGGAAAUAAGAAAUAUAUAAAUAUUAGCUCGAGCAAUGUCGGAGUGGCAUUGACUAAACUACAGUAGAAUAGAAUACAGUAUAUACAUAUGAGAUGAGUAAAGCAGUAUGUAAACAUUAUUUAAACAUUAUUAAAGUGACUGGUGUUCCAUUACUAUUAUAUAAGCUUGAUUCUAAGUCAUUAUAUGCCCUGAUUAAAAUGUAUGUAGUAAUGCUGAGGUUUACUGACAUUUGAUUUUUCCCCAAGCAAAGAAAAAAAUCCAUCUCGCUUUGUGAUUGAGAAGUAUCAGGAAAGGAAAUAAACAUACAAGACCAUUCGUGGAGAGCCAUGUUCGAUUCCCCGACUGACCUGCCUGUGGUGCAGCUGGUGAGGGGUCAACUAAGGGGACAGCCUGAGGGGGUGAAGCAGGAAUACUUGGGCCCACCAGGACCACAUCCCCAUACCUGGCCCCAGCAGCACCGGCCCUACCUCUACCCUCCUCACCCUGCCUGUCCAACCCGGCCUGCCCGCCCUCCAUGCCCAUACCUGGGGGCCUACUACACAGAGCAGCAGCCUCCAGCCUGGUAUCAACCACACAACACAUGGGAGGUCCAGAGCCACCUGGAGGGCUCUAAGUUCCACCUGCACCAGGCCCAGAGUCAGCAGGUCAAGCAGUACCUGACCCUGGGUUCCAAGCUGGCCGGGGGACAAGGGGGCCACCCUCACCCCACUGCGCAGGGAGGGCAGCUCCUGGGCACCGUUCCAGUGAUGAGGAAUGCUCACAUGGCCCCCCUCAGUGAUGGCAGCACCCCCAGCAGCCCCGUUACACUGCUGACCCUGGCAUCCAACCACGACAGCGAGUUUCCAAUGGAUGAAGUUAUUGAUGACUUGAUUAGCCUGGAGUCCGGCUUCAACGACGGGGGCUUGGAUUGUAUGGAUCCCAGCAUCAUAAUGCAAAACAAUGUGCUGAGCAGCAGCAUGCUGGACAUCUAUGGGUGUGAACCAGGUAUGACUACAGCCCCUCAUGGCCGAAUGACACCCACCUCACGCCCCACUAAGCUCACUACUGUAAAAAGGGAAGUCACAGAACAUGAAACGAGAGUGAUGGCCAAAGAACGACAGAAGAAAGACAAUCACAACUUGAUUGAAAGAAGAAGAAGAUACAAUAUCAACUACAGAAUCAAAGAACUUGGAACAAUGAUACCAAAGUCGAAUGACCCGUUAUCUUUUACGUCCCUCUGCCGUAGUGAUAUGCGCUGGAACAAAGGCACCAUUCUCAAGGCGUCGGUGGAGUACAUCAAGUGGCUGCAGAAGGAGCAGCAGCACGCCAGAGAGCUGGAGAACAGGCAGAAGAAGAUGGAGCAGGCCAACAGGAGGCUACUGCUCAGGAUCCAGGAGUUGGAGAUCCAGGCCCGUGCUCACGGCCUCCCCAGCAUGGCCACUGCCCUGGGUACUGUAGAGCUCUCCUCCCACCUCCUCAAACAACAGCAGCAGCAGCCCUUGGCUCCCCAGUCACAGCAGGGUCCUCAGCCACCCCUGUACCAGGAAGAGCUGAAUGGGGAGUACCUCCAGAGGACCUCCAUGCCAGCCAUGACCACUGGGGGCGUCACUGGGGUUACAGACCAGGGUCAGGGGGUGGUUGACGGCUCCACCACUUUCUCCGACCCGCUUUCUCACUUCACAGACUUCUUCAGCGCCACGCUCAAAGAGGAGCAACGGCUGGACGAGAUCCUCAUGGACAACCCGCUCUCGCCGUUCGGCACCGACCCGCUUCUCUCCGCCGGCUCACCCGACGCCUCCAAGGACUCCAGUCACAGGAGCAGCUUCAGCUCGGACGAUGACGACCUAUGAUCCCUGACCCCUACGCGACCCCCACGGUGAACCUGUGUCAAAGGUCAAAGGACAUAGAGCAGUUGGUAACCCUCACAAAUUGGUGCGGAGAUUUGUUCCAGCCCAGCACCAACAACACAUCCGAUUCUACUGACCAGCUCGAAUCAAUGAGAGCUUGAUUAGUGGGCUCAGGUGUGUAAGUGCUGGGCCAGAGCAGAAGCCUGCACACCCUGUGGCUCUCCAGGACCAGGGUUAGUUACCACUGGCACUCAUACUUUUUACAAACUUUGGUGGAGAGUGUGUACCUCGCAGGCAGAACCAGACUCAUGACAAAAAGGGAGAAAGACAAUCGGUCCAUACUGAACAUAUGAUAUGGUUCCAAAAUGCAUUGGACACUGGGGUUGUUGCACACCACUGUAAACUAUACGGUGUCUUUGCAAUAUGCCAAAAGAGGACAGUGUCCCUUUUCAGAUGUCUACUAUUACAGUUAUUGUAUAAAAGGACUUUAAACCAUUGAGGUUCGCUGAUGGGCCCUAUCUCGAGCUAGUUACUGGUGGUUCCUCUUUCAGACAGAAAUUAAAAUGGGACAGUGAUACUUGGCGAAAAAGCCUAACACUUCCUUUGUUUGUCUUUAAAUGUAUUUUUACAAAAUGUUUUAUGUAUGUAUGUGUUUUAAUCCAUGUAUUCCUAAAAAAAACAUAACAUUAUCUAACAUGCUCUCUUUUGUAUUCUUAGUGGGGGUGGGGAAAAAAAAAUAAACCCCUUUUUUUAAAUAAAUCAGA